AUGGCCACUCGGACCACCACCACGGUCACGGCCAAACGAAAGCAGCCUGCAGAAGCCGUGACGGCAGCCAAGAAUGCCAAGGGCAACGCCAAUGCAGAGAUUUGUGAUUUUUUAAACCAACUGGCUGACUACGAGCGCAACGUUUCGCGAAACAUUCACAAAUACAACGCAUACCGCAAAGCUGCGCGAAGCAUUGCAGCCCAUUCUCUACCGCUUCGAAGCGGUAAAGACGCACAGCGCUUGGACGGAGUGGGCAAGAAGAUUGGCGAGAAGAUUGAAGAAUUCCUGACAACUGGCGGCCUCAAGAAACUCGACAAGAUCAAUGCCAACCCCGAAGCCGCGGCCAUCCAGCUAAUUGCCUCCGUGGUCGGCUUUGGUCCUGCCGCUGCCCAAAACUAUGUACAAAAGGGCAUUACGACCCUAGAGGCCUUGAAACAAGAGGACGGCCUCAGCAAUGCGCAAAAAAUCGGUCUGAAGCACUUUGCGGACUUUAACGAGCGCAUCCCCCGUGCUGAAGUGGAGGCCCUGCGCCAAGCUGUCUUUGCAGAACUUCGGGAGGUUGAUGAUCGACUGGAGGGCCAGGUGUGCGGCAGCUUUCGACGCGGUGCAGCCACGUCCGGUGACAUUGACAUAUUGCUCACCCAUCCCGACUUUAAGUCGACAGGUGAUGGCGAGGCACUUGGCAAAACUAAGAAAAAGCUGGACCCACCCUUUGAUAAAUUGCUGGACCGCGUUAUCAGCCAUCUCAAAAAAGUUGGCCUCGUCACUGAUGUGCUCAGCUUGGGCGAAAGCAAGUUUAUGGGCGUGGCAAGACUGCCGGAAACCCAGUUUUCCGAGGCUGGACUUGCCCCACCUCGACGUUUUCGCCGCAUCGAUAUGCGAUUGUGGCCCGUCGACCAGUACCCGCUUGCACUACUCUACUUUACCGGGAGCGAUGAGACGAACAAGACAAUGCGCCGCAAGGCAAUUGACUUGGGCUUCCGUCUAAGUGAAUACUCUCUCCGACCCAUGAGUGAGGACGACAAGCCCGGUCGCCCUCUGCCCGUUUCCAGUGAAAAGGAUGUCUUUGACGCGCUGGACAUGACCUAUCUUGAGCCUGCUCAGCGCUAGGGACUGCUGUCGAGACUUUGUUGAU